UCUUUUACAGACAAGAGAGUUUUAUUUGUGGCUGUGAGUCUGAGCUGGGCAGGUUUCAGGAGAAGCACUGAGGACCGCUUUACUGCUAACACGCUGUAAAACAACGAGCAACAUCUCCAGUGAGGAGGACGAGCACGGAGAAACUACCUGCCUGUCACCGGAGAGGAUGAGGGAGAACCUGGGGAAUGAUCCUCAGGGACUCGUCUGAUGGGGAGGGAAGACCUGACUGGGAUGUAAACACCAGACCAUCGAUCUCUAAUCAGGAGUGUUUUCCAUCACCAUGAUGACACCACGUGAGAGCACCCUCUUGCUGACUCACCUGCUGCUGCUCCUCCAGCUGCUGCUCCCUCUCAGCCGGUCCCUUCUGCACCCUCCGCCCGUCCACGUCCCCACGCUCGUCCCCCACGCACCGACGCCUCUCAUCCGCUCCCGCUUCAGCGCUCAGACUCGACUGGACUUCACCACUCACUGCAACUUCAGCUGCUUCCACAAAGGAGAGCAGGAGGCCCAGAAGGAGCAGCUCACGGAGAAGCUGGGCUUUGAGACAUUGUACGCCGACGGCUCCCGCACUCUCACCACCGUAGAUGUGGAGGGCGAUGAGGAGUUUGAAGGAGAUCAUGUCGCUGCUCACCCUUCACCGGGGAGAAUGAAGCCCAGGCACAAGCGUGUGAGGCGACAGAUCUACGGAGCAGACGGACGCUUUAACAUCCAAGGUGACAACUUCCUGUUGGAUUACCCUUUCUCCACGGCCGUGCGGAUCUCCACCGGCUGCACCGGCGUUCUUGUGUCUCAGCAGCAUGUCCUCACAGCUGCCCACUGUGUGCAUGAUGGGAAGGAUUAUGUCAAGGGGGCGCGAAAGCUCAGGGUGGGAUUCCUGAUUCCUCCAUACAUCAACGGCACCAACGCCCGCCUCACUUCUUCCAAGAAGCCUCUGGUGCGCUGGGUGAGGGUGAAACGCACUCGUGUGCCAAAGGGCUGGAUCCAGGGCCCUCAGGAGGUCAGCAUGGACUUUGAUUACGCUCUGCUGGAGCUGCGAUGGCCUCACCGACGUCCCUUCAUGCGCCUCUCUGUGGCUCCCUCCUCCGAUGACCUGGCGGGGAAUCGCAUCCACUUCUCUGGCUUUGACAGCGACAGGUCCGGGGAGCUGGUGUACAGAUUCUGUCCUGUGGAAGAAGAGUCCAGCGAUCUGAUAUACCAGCACUGUGACGCCCGGCCCGGAGCCAGCGGCUCUGGAGUGUACGGAAGAGUGUGGGACAACAGUUUAGAGCGCUGGGAAAGGAAGGUCAUCGGCAUUUUCUCUGGACACCAGUGGCUGGAGAUAGACGGGGAGAACAGGGAUUACAAUGUGGCCGUGCGCAUCACUCCUCUGAAGUUUGCUCAGAUCUGUUAUUGGGUGCAUGGAAACAGGCUAGACUGUGUCCACGAGUGAGAAGGACACAAUUGGGAUAGUUUAGCAUGAAAAACAGAAGAAAGCACAAAGAAAUACAGGGUGAAAUGUGUUAUUUCCCCUAAAGAAAGAAGAGUGAAACAGGAUUAAAUCCAUACAAAAAUAACACCCUUCAGUGAUACACCAGUAGAGCAGAUCAACUUACUUUUGGAUCCAGUUCAUGGAGUUAUGUCCCUCCUGUGUUUAAUUUGCUCCCUGUAACCUCUGGGCCCAUUAAACUAAUCUGCCUGUGAGAUCAUCCCCACGGCAUCUUUUAAUAUGUAUUUGCCCACAGUCAGUGUUUCCACUGUAUUAACAUAUGCCACUCUUUAUAAGAGGGAAAAAACACUUUUCCUGGUGUGUGUCAGUAGCACCAGAUUAUUUUCCUACUAUGGCUGACAAUGAUCCGUUGACACUUUGUCUUUACAUCUCUCUUUUCUGACUUUGGGGAAAUGGUUUUGUAUUUUUAUAGCUCUUUAAGGAACAUUUGGUUUAUUGAUCUGCAUACACACCUACAUAAUACACAGAAUAAAUAACUGUUUCUGGACACCACUGAUGCUUCUUGACGUUUAGCAGACAGUUUGCUCUUCAAAGUGUGGACUGGAGAGACAGAGUGUUAAUUUUAUUUUUUGAAAAAUGCUUGAUAUAUUUUAAUAAACAGAGAUUUAUAACAGU